GUUGUGCAACCCUCAGGGGAACCAACCCCCAAAGCUCCGGGGAGACAGGGAGGCGUGUCCUCAGAACGAAAGUCCCAUUGGCUUUACUGCCCGCGGAAGUGUGGGAUGGUGCAGCCGCUCUUGUUGCUCAUUGGUCCCGUGAUUCCACGGGGUGGGACUUGGCUGGGCCUAAACUCUAUCCGCUGUCCCAGACCGGUUUUCAGGGCAAAGCUGCCAUGCGUUCCGGGGGCCGCGGGCGGCCCCGGCUACGGCUCGGGGAACGCGGCCUUUUGGAGCCACCCUCACCGCCCAAGCGCCGCCUGCUACCUCGGGCGCAGCUGUUGCCUCUGCUGCUGCUGGCGCUGGCGGUGGCCUCGGUGUUAUACACCAGUUGGAGCGGCUGGCACCGCCAGUCUGAGGAGCUGCCGCUAGGCCGGGAGCUGCGGGGCCCGUCGAUCGGAAGUCUCCCCGAAGCCGGGGUGCGGAGGGUGGUGGGGCAACUGGACCCUCACCGUCUCUGGAACAAUUAUCUGCGCCCCCUGCUGGUUGUGCGGACCCCCGGCAGCCCUGGCAAUCUCCAAGUCAGAAAGUUCCUGGAGGCCACACUGCGGACCCUGACAGCAGGCUGGCAUGUAGAACUGGACCCCUUCACAGCCUCGACACCCCUGGGGCCACUGCACUUCAGCAACGUGGUGGCCACGCUGGACCCAAGGGCUGCCCGUCACCUCACCCUUGCCUGCCAUUACGACUCGAAGCUCUUCCCGUCUGGGUCAGCCCCCUUUGUGGGGGCCACGGAUUCGGCUGUGCCUUGCGCCCUCCUACUGGAGCUGGCCCAGGCCCUGGACCUGGAGCUGGCUAGAGCCAAGGAGCAGGCAGCCCCAGUGACCUUGCAGCUGCUCUUCUUGGACGGUGAAGAGGCACUGAAGGAGUGGGGACCCAAGGACUCACUUUACGGCUCCCGGCACCUGGCCCAGCUCAUGGAGUCUGCACCCCACAGCCCCGGCUUCACCAGGAUCCAGGCUAUUGAUCUCUUUAUGCUUCUUGAUCUCCUGGGAGCCCCCAACCCGACCUUCUACAGUCACUUUCCUCGCACGGCCCGCUGGUUCCAUCGGCUGAGGAGCAUCGAGAAGCGCCUGCACCGUCUGAACCUACUGCAGUCUCAUCCUUGGGAAGUGAUGUACUUCCAGCCCGGGGAGCCCCCUGGCUCUGUGGAAGACGACCACAUCCCCUUCCUCCGCCGAGUUCCUUCUCCAGAAUGGCAGCCUUGCUACCGCAUCAGUCCAAACCCAACUCCCACAUGGAUGUGCCAUGGGGAGCCCACAGAAGAUGUGCUCGUAAGCAGGGAACAGAGGAGAUGGAAGCCAGUACUUGGGAACUCCAGAUUCUGCCAGAUCCAAUGGCCAAUAAACCAGUGUUUCUGCAAAAUAUAUCCUGUAGAACUAGCAUACAUAGGUGUUGCAUGAAAAGGGGGACCAAAGUGGGGUGAGACAACAUUAAAUGAGCUUCUUCAUUUGCACAAUGUGAAUUUUCAAGAAAGAGAAUGCAAUGUUUCCCCAAAGUAUUUCACCACGGAACCCCUUUAUUGGGAAGCACCUCACAGAACCAUGGUACCUCAGAAGAUACUUUGGGAAGCACUGGGUUUUGACAGUUUUGAGUGUACUUAUGGUAGAAAUGGGUCAACUAGUUACACCAAACCAUCCUUUCCCUUUUGGCUGUGGGUACAGGAGUGGGAGAUGGUGUGUGUAACUGCAAACUCUAGUGAUGACCCAAGAGAUUAUUUCCCAGUCCUAAUUUUCAGACCCAACUGGGGUGCUUAUUAAAAAAUGCGGGGAAUUCCCUGGCGGUCCAGUGGUUAGGCCUCGGCACUCUCACUGCCGGGGCCCGGGUUCAACCCCUGGUCAGGGAACUAAGAUCCCGCAAGCUGUGCAGUGAGGCAAAUAAAUAAAUAAAUAAAUAAAUAAAAUGCAGACUCCCAGGUCCCACCUACUGAAUCAGAACUUCAGAGAGGGGCUGGGACUCUGUAACAAGCACCUGAGGAAGUCUCAUGAUCAGCAAAACUUUGGGACAUGCUGUCCUUAAAGAUUCAAGUUUGGUUCAUUCACAGCUCCCUAGCAAACCUAAAGGGCACCCAGACAGGAAGUCCCGUGUUGGGCUCUGUACCUGCUGAUUUCGUGACUUCGAUGGAGACCUGGUAGGCCACAGGGAUGCCAGGCCAGGAUGCAGGCUUAGAGAGUGAAGGUGAACAGCAGCCAUGCAAGCCAACUCAAGGCUGGCGAAGACUCGAGAGAACUCACGGGCUGAAGGACAACUGCGGUUCUCAUUUUGCAAAUGAGGUGGCCAGGGCUGAGAAUUACAAACCGGUUAUUAACAGAGCCCAGAUGCUCACCCACAGCUGUGCUCCUAUCCCCAUGUCCUACCUCCCUUCCAAAAAUCACCUGUGCUGGACCAACAGAUUGUUGGUCAAAAGUAGCUCCUCCUGAGGCUUUUAACUGGCUGCAAGUCUGAGUGAGGUUUGGGCGGUGGGGACUCACAGCCUCUUAGAGGUGGAAUUGGCAGAAGUUGAGUUCAGAAAGGAAAUGGACAGAUAUCAACAGCCAGGGUGGCAGGAGGGUCUCAAAUCACAAAGUUAGUUCCUGUUUGUUCAUUUCUUGUGUGGCAGGCAUGGUGCCAAGCACUCAAAAGUGCAGCACGUCCCCUUAGCCUCACAGCCAUCCCAGAAGUAGGUGAAACCAUCACCUCUGUUAGGGGAAGCAGGGUGUUCAGUGACGUCCUUGGCCCCUUGCCUCUCUGCAGGUCAUCGUGCUGAGUGUACUACACGCCAGGUUCUGGGCAAGGCGCCUGGGCACGUUUUCCACUUGAAUCCAGGGUAAGGAUCGUGAGCCCCAUUUUACAGAUGAGGCUGCUGAUGCUUGGCAAAGUGAUGUUUCCCCCAGCUCCCAUCUGUCCCCCAAACUUAGGCUCCCCCAGCUUCACACUAUGAAGAGGCCAUGAGGUGUCUUUGGUGAGCACAACUGUUGAACAUUCUAGAUGCAAGAGCUCACAUGUCAGUCUUUUGAGGAACUGUCAGUAUUCUCAUUUUUCAGAUUAAGAAACUGAGCUUCAGAGAAAUCAAUUGCUGAAGAUCACAGCUGGACACUUUCACUGCAUGUGUCUAGGUAUUCAUUUCUUUUUAUUUAUCCUGCCUAUGACUCACUGGGCAUACCGGUCUUUUUACCAGUCUGGAAUUUGCAAUCAUCGUGUCCUUAAAUAUUAUCAUUGCACCAUUCUCUCUUCUGAUUCUAGAACGCCAGUUAAAUGUGUUAGACUUCCUCACUCUAUCCUCCAUAACCUUGCUUCCUAUUUUCUUUCUUUUUUUGGUCUCUGUGCUACUUCAGACCUAGCUUUAGUUCAAUAAAUCUUUUUAAAAUUU